UUCUUUGAUUUUUAACGUGCCGUGACAUUUGUUUGACAAAUUUGUUGGGUCGUGAUUUGCAAAAAUUUUCUCCUAACCAAUUUUGGAAACUUGGCGUUCGUUCCAAAAAAUAAAUAAAAGUUUAUAAAAAUUGAAGCAAUGACAGCACCAUCAGCAAACGUAUCAGCUUAUUUAGCAGCACAAAAGAAAACAGCCAACAAGGAACUUGCGUCCGAGUGGACUACCAUCGAAGAUUUGCACAACGAAAAGUUAUGGAAUGAAUUGACUAUUUUGUUAACGCGUUUUGUUCGUCAUCCCGCUCUGCAAGAUGAGGAUACUUUGCUACAAUUAUACCAAAACUUCAUAUCGUCUUUCGAAAUGAAGAUAAAUCCAUAUGGGCUAGUGCAAAUUCUCGAAGUAGUGGUAGAACAUAUUUCCGAUAAGAAGGAAGCCGUUGAGUUCUUAGAAAAACUGAAGGAGAAAGUAAAUAUUUGCGAUGAAGCAGUGUGGUAUAUUAGGGUAUUGCAAGGUAACAUUUAUUUGACCAACCUUAAUGAUUUGGACGCCACAAAGAAAAUAAUUGAGGAAUUGCGUGAUGUGCUCGAAGAAGCCGGAAAUGUUACACCAGUACAUGGUAAAUUUUAUAUGCUCGCCUCACAGUACUACCGGCGAGUUGGCCAACACAGUGAUUACUAUCGCUGUGGAUUGCAAUUCCUUGGCUGUUCGCUCGAUGAUUAUCCUAAAGAUGAGUGGGCGCAACAAGCUUUUUUCCUUGGCUUAGCAGCAUUGCUAGGUGAUGGCAUUUAUAAUAUCGGUGAAUUGCUUGCACAUCCAAUUCUGGAGUCGUUGAAAGGCACAGACAACGAGUGGCUUGUUGAAUUAUUGAAAGCAUUUAAUACAGGCAACAUUCCAAAGUUCAAUGAGAUGAAGAAAAUUUGGUCAAAGAUUCCUGAUUUGGCGGCGCAAGAAGUAAAAUUGCGUAAAAAAAUCUCAUUACUUUGUCUAAUGGAAAUGACUUUCCAACGUUCAGCCAUUCAACGUUCGAUAUCGUUCGAGGAAAUUGCAAAGGAAACAACGCUGCCUUUGAACGAAGUUGAAUUGUUAAUAAUGAAAGCGCUUGCCCAAGAUUUAGUACGUGGCGAAAUAGAUCAGGUCGCUGGAGUGGUGAAUAUGUCAUGGGUGCAACCACGGGUAUUGGGUCGCAAACAAAUCGCCGGCAUGGCCACAACCUUGGACCAUUGGAUGGCAUCUAUAACAUCAAUGGAGAAACUGAUGGAAACGCGUGCCGCUGAAAUUUUAACCAACUAAUACUUUUUGAAACCUUUUUUGAAUUUUUUUUCAACGUUUAGAUUAUAAAUGAAAUAAAAUGCAAAAUGUACUCAUAAGAAAUAGCUGAUGGGAUAUGUUCUGCAAAUGUAAAGUAAUAAGCAGCACAACAUAUUUACUGAAAAUCAAAUCUAUAAAUUAACCAGAAAUUUCAAACGGCGAAACUGUUAAAGCUAAAUUCAAAAUUUAAAUUUUUUCUUAGGGUCAUGUAUUUUUUUAAGAUUUAGUUUUUAAUUUAAGUUGGAGCAGCAUAAAACUAUGAAAAGAGGUUUCGGGGAAUCAGCUGGAGUGACAGUCCUUGGCCAGAUAUGUAGAUGUAGAUCUGGGACAUUCCGGUUACGUAGACCCGACUGUCGCAAGAACGCGUGCAUUUUGGUAGGGAGGCGUGUUUUCGAGCAGCAGUAAAUGUACGACUCUGCCUACAUCACUCGCUUGAGGAACAAAAGUUUGACAAUCCGUUGCCCUCACUGGAAGAUCAAAAGCAACAUAAAAAAUGUUACUAUGCAAUUCAUGCAGCAUUUCAGUAUAUUACCAGUUGAG